UGAAGUAAAGACAUGUGGAUGCCCGUAAUUCGAACAGAGUGUGCGUGAAUUGGUUCUGGGCCAAACUGAAUGUGAAAAUAGCUCCCAAUAAAGUGCAGACAUCCAGCCGACUGUGAUCAGGAUCGGCUGCCUAGUGGAUCUCGCCUGACAAGAUCGUUUGGAGAGCACCAAGCGGUUCCGGUGGCGGACUGGAACCCGACCCUUGAACGGCUUGACAGAUGAACCUCCUAGCGCUCGCCCUGCUGGUCUCUCUCGCCGCCGGUCAAAGUCCAAUUGUGAAGACAAAGGAAAAACUAACAGCAGUUUUAGGUGAAAAUCUUACCUUCACUUGUACAACACAUUUAAAAGAUAUUCUACAGGUGACCUGGCAAAAGUUAAAUGGUCAAUCAGAGGACAACAUUGCCACUUAUAAUGAAAAAUUUGGACCCAAAGUAUUUGGGUCGUUUACUGAUAGGGUUUCUAUUUUGCCGUCAAAUCAGCAAGAGUCCACCCUUGUACUUUCUGGAGUGAGGUUUGAAGAUAAAGGAUGUUAUCAGUGUCUCUUCACGACAUUCCCAACUGGAUCAAAUAUUGGGAAGACCUGCCUCAAUGUACUUGCAAAAAGUCCGAAUGAGGAGACGCAGGAGAAUAAGACAGCAGUUAUAAGUGCAAACGUUAACUUCAGCUGUACAACACAAUUAGAAAAUAUUCAACAGGUUACCUGGAAAAAGCUAAGUGGUCAAUCUGAGGAAAAUAUAAUCAUAUUUAAUGCAACACUCAAUACAUUUGAGUUACGUAAUGAUAGAGCUACUUUAAUAUCAAGAAAUGAGCAAGGGUACACAAUUGAAUUAUCUGGAAUAAAGCUUGAAGAUGAAGGAUGUUACCAAUGUCUCUUUAAUACAUCUGAAAUUGGAUCAAGUUCUAGGAAGACCUGCCUCACUGUAACUGCACAUGCAUCGAGAUUUAGAUCACAAAAUUAUUUUUGGAUUAUUUUGGGACUGCUGGCAAUUUUGAUAGUAUUUUAAUAUUCUGUUUCAACUGGAAUAAGAAAAGGAGAUGCAAAAAAAGGGUUGGACCUUAUUUGGACAUUAAGACAUCUUGUUCAACAAUGGCAGUUCAAAUGACAAAAUAGGACAAAUUCGGGCAUCUGACUACAAGCACUUUGACUGCAAAACAAGAUUUACAAGAACGGGAACAAAGAUGAACAUUAAAAAAUGCUGCUUCUAUGUGUAAAUGUUGUUCCCUAACAAGAUUGCCAGAUAGGUUAAAUCAAUUAUUACACAGUGACUAAUUGCAAUUAUACAUUUACACCACACAAAUGAAAUUCCUUUUAAAAUGACUUAAGCAUUGGUCGAUUAUUUUUAAAUAACUCAUAUCUGCAUUAACAAGACAGAAAAAAAGUUUUUUAUUUGUUUAUUACAACACAAUGUGAUAUAAAUAUUGUGGAAAAUUUGUUUACAAUUGAAAUAUAAAAUUAACUGAAAUAGCAUAGAUCAUCUGUUCUCAAUCUAUUGCAAUAAAUAUACUGUAAGGCUAAUUUUUUAUUGUGUAUUCAGAAGCUAUAUUUGUUUACUUCCACAAAAAUUUUGCUGGUUUAAUUUCUAGUAGCUGUACUCUAUUACUGAAAUAUCAAAUGUCACAUUUUGUGAGUAACUUUUUUACCAGUUUUAUUUAGUAAGUUGCAUGAUAUACUGUAUAAAAAAGUGUAUUGCAGUAAAAACAUUUCUACUCUGUGAUGUUCUUAAUAAUCACUUCCAGUAUUAUUCAAGUUUUUUUUUCUGUAUUUUUUUUACUGUGCUAUGUUUAGUAUGAAGAAAAACAGAAAACUAAUUACAUAGCUUUUGAGCAUUUUGUAUGUUGGAAAAUUGUUGUAACUAACCACCUGGAAGCUCUCCUUGAGAGAGCAUAAUAUUCCAUAACCAAAAGAUAACAUCGUACAACUGUGUGUUCUGUAGGCCUAUGUUUGAGCAUACUUAACAGGGCAAUUAAGGUUAGCCACAUAUUUGUUGUGACUUAAGUUACAUGUAAACCAGAAUAGAUAAAAGCAUUAGGUGUCCUCCAUUCAAAGGCAUUAAUAAACAAAUUGUUUUUUCAAUGAUAAAUUGAUGGCAUUGUGAUGGUUUUGGAGUGUAACUUUAAGCUUGAACAUGCUACUUGUUCCCUAUCCACUUGUGUAUUCAAAAUGUGAUGUUGAUUGGACAGUUGAAGCAUGUUGUGUGCCUGCUUUGUAAUAAUUUAACAUUGUCAUAUUCUUCCCGAUUAAUGUCUUGGUAUUAGUAUCUGCUUAGCAAAUAAACCACUACCUCUUUGGAUAUAUACUGUGUUUCACUGCAUUUCUAAAGGCUUUACGGUGAUCAGUUUUGAACCUUCAUCUUGGAGAUUAAUUUGAUCAUUUAAGCCUGUGAACCUAGUUUUCAGAACUCAACAUCCAACACUGAAAAAAAAUCUUUAGGUGAAUGAAUGGGUCUGAACUAUAUUUCUAUAUUGUCAUUAUAGAAAUGAUUGUAAUUUGCAAAAUUGAAGCCCAUGGAUUAAAAUGGCAUUGGUGGCAUAGAAAAGAGACUAGCAGAGGGACAAGAAACAGAGAGUCAUGUUGAAUGGUUGUUGCUCAGGCUAGAGGAAGUAAUGCAGUGAUCCUCACUGCUUUUCUUGAUAUCAAUGCAAAAAUUGCAGAUGACCCAAAACUUGGACAUAUAGACAGUCUAAUUGAAUGGGCAGACAAGUGGCAGAUGAAAUUUAAGAAAGAGAAAUACAAAGCAAUACAUUUUGGAGGGAAGAACAAGGAAAGCCAAAGUAUUUGAUUCUAGAAGGGAUAUGAGACGGGAGGGUGGCGGAUUUGGGUGUAGGUAAGCACAAAUCUUUGAAGGUAGUUGGACGGACUGAGAAAACUAAUAACAAAUCAUGCAGGUCCUGGGCUUUAUAAAGAGAGUAGUGGAAUGAAAGAGUAAUGGAAUUAUGCAGAACUUCUAGAAAACACUUUCUCAGCUGCAAUUCUGCAGCCAAUUUUGCUCAUUGAAUGAUAUGAAGAAUGUGAAGACCUGAGAGGAUGCAUAAAAUAUUUUGUAGAAUAAUCCCAAGGAUUGAGGGAUUUCAGUUACAUCAAUAGGAUGGAGAAACUGGGAUUUUUCUCUUUUUAGAAACAGAGGUUAAGAGGUGAUUUGACAGAGAUAUUCAAGUUCAACAAGAGAUGAGACAAAAUGAAUAAAGAAAAAUGAUUGAGAACUAGAUACCAAUUUAAAGUGGCAAAAUAUCAAGGAUGACAUGAGGAAGAACUUCCUCAUGCAGUGGGUUGUAAUGAUCUGCAAUUCAUUAUCUGAAGCAGUGGUGAAAAGAAAUUCAUUCAUUUCUUUUAAAAGGGAAUUAUAAAGGUAACUGGGGAGAAAAAUAUGGAGAGCUAAGGUGAAGGAGCAGGGUAUGGAACUGAUGGGAUUGCUCUUGCAAAGAACUAGCAGGUGGGAUGAAAAGCCACUUUCGAUGAUGUAAUGAUUAUAUUGUUCAUCAGUGAGUCUCCACAACAGAUACCAUGUCAAGUAUGUCUUUUUGAGAGUUUCACUCUCAGGCCAUGUCCUCAGAUAUUGUGCUGAUCAGCUGGCGGGGGUAUUUGCAGACAUAUUGAACCUCUCCCUACUUCAAUCUGAGGUUCCCACCUGUUUUAAGGAGACCACUAUUAUCCCAGUACCUAAGAAAAAAAAGGUAACAUGCCUUAAUGACUACCGACCAGUGACUCUGACAUCCACCAUCAUGAAGUGCUUUGAGAGGCUGGUCAUGGCACACAUCAACUCUAGCCUCCCAGACAACCUUGACCCACUGCAAUGCGUAUACUGCCGAAACAGGUCUACAGUGGACACCAUCUCCCUGGCCCUACACUCAACUCUGGAGCAUCUGGACAGUAAAGACACCUGUGUUAGACUAUAGUUUAUUGACUACAGCUCCACCUUCAAUACUAUAAUUCCAAGCAAACUCAUCACCAAACUCCGAGACCUGAGACUCAACACCUCCUUCUGCAACUGAUCCUUCACUUCCUGACCAACAGACCGCAAUCAGUGAGGAUAGGCAGCAACACCUCCGGCACCAUUAUUCUCAACACUGGUGCCCCACAAGGCUGCGUCCUCAGUCCUCUACUCUACUCCCUAUAUACUCAUGACCGCAUGGCCGGAUCCUGCUCUAGCUCCGUCUGUAAGUUUGCAGAUGAUACCACCGUUGUAGGCUGUAUCACAAACAGCGAUGAGUCAGAGUACAGGAAGGAGAUAGAGAGCUUAGUAACAUGGUGUCAUGACAACAACCUUUCCCUCAAUAUCAGCAAAAGAGCUGGUCAUUGACUUCAGGAAAGGGGGUGGUGUACAUGCACCUGUCUACAUCAAUGGUGCUGAGGUCAAAAGGGUUGAGAGCUUCAAGUUCCCAGGAGUGAACAUCACCAAUAGUCUGUCCUGGUCCAAGCACAUAGAAGCCAUGGCCAAGAAAGCUCACCAGCGCUUCUACUUCCUCAGGAGGCUAGAGAAAUUUGGCAUGUCCCCUUUGACACUCAUCAACUUUUAUCGAUACACCAUAGAAAGCAGCCUAUCUGAAUGCAUCACGGCUUGGCAUGGCAACUGCUCUGCCCAGGACUGCAAGAAACUGCAGAGAGUUGUGGACACAGCUCAGCACAUCACAAAAACCAGCCUUCCCUCCGUGGACUCUGUCUAUACCUCUCGCUGCCUUGGUGAAGCAGCCAACAUAAUCAGAGACCCCACCCACCUGGGUCAGUCUCUCUUCUCCCCUCUCCAAUCAGGAGCUUGAGGGCACAUACCACCAGGCUCAAGGACAGCUUCUGAUAAGACUAUUGAACAGUUCCCCUAUAUGAUGCGAUGGACUCUUGACCUCACAAACUACCUUGUUAUGACUUUGCACCUUAUUGUCUACCUGCACUGCACUUCCCUGUAGCUGUGACACUUUACUCUGUAUUCUGUUAUUGUUUUUACCCUGUACUACCUCAAUGCACUGUGUAAUGAAUUGAUCUGUAUGAACGGUAUGCAAGACAAGUUUUUCACCGUAACUCGGUACAAGUGACAAUAAUAGACCAAUACCAAUACCAGUUGAAGUAUAUUGCCAUUCUUUCAUCAUUGCUAUCUCCAAAUCCUGGAACUCCCAAUGCAACAGUUUUUUUGCGGCACCUUCAUGAGAAGGGCCACAGUGGUUCAAGAUGGCGGCUCACCACCACCCUCUCAAGGGCAAUUAGGGAUGGGCAAAAGAAUCUGCCUUGUCAGCAAUGCUAUAAUCCUGAAAAAUAAAUAAAUUCAAUACUUUGCUUGGACAGUCACCUAAAAAUCCAAUAUCUUUGGCAUCUUGUCAUUAUUUGGCACAAUUGAUAUUAAUUCUCUUUGACAUCGCUAUGUGUUAUUCCUCGGAUGAGCAACAACAAAUAAUUUUAAGCUUCUUACACCAAGGACCCAUGAAUAGAUCACAAUUUCCCUUUUUGGAUUUUCGGUCACAUUUUGUCUCUCUGGAGUAGACAGUGGGCUGCUUUAAUUACAGACACCAGCAAUAUUUUGGUCUUGUUUUAUAUUUAAGAAGUGAUUCAAGUACUGAGUCUAAUUUAGGAAAGAACACAUCCUUUUUAUUACAUGCCCAUUAACUUCUACUCAA